GGAGGAGAGGAGACGGCACACCUGUGCAAGACUGGAGGGGAGGAGCCUGUACACCUGUGCAAGACUGAAAGGGAGGAGACGGUACACCUGUGCAAGACUGAAGAGGAGGAGCCGGUACACCUGUGCAAGAUUGAAGGGGAGGAGCCGGUACACCUGUUCAAGACUGAAGGGGAGGAGCCGGUACACCUGUGCAAGACUGAAGGGGAGGAGCCGGUACAUCUGUGCAAGACUGAAGGGGAGGAGCUGGUACGCCUGUGCAACACUGGAGGGGAGGAGCUGGCACACCUGUGCAAGACUGAGGGGAGGAGCUGGUACAACUGUGCCAGACUGAAGGGGAGGAGCUGGUACACCUGUGCAAGACUUUAGGGGAGGAGCCGGUACACCUGUGCAAAACAGGAGGGGAGGAGCCAGUACUCCUGUGCAAGACUAAAGGGGAGGAGCCGGUACAUCUGUGCAAGACUGAAGGGGAGGAGCCGGUACACCUGUGAAAUACUGGAGGGGAGGAGCCUGUACACCUGUGCAAGACUGAAGGGGAAGAGCUGGUACCCCUGUACAAGACU